AUGGAAGAUGAAAGGAAGAGAGCCAAACUGCGCAAAUCCCUGCAGCUCUGCAUCUCCAGGAAACUCAAGAAGAUCCCUCCGAUUCACAUCCCCAGCUCGACCAUUCCCGCAACCAUCGCCAGCAGCAGGCGGCUCCUCUCCACCUGCAGGUUCCCGCGUACCCCGUCGCUGGACAUCGACCAGACGGCCACCGCUACCACCACCACCACCAACAACAACAACAGCGGAGGCCACGCGGCGACGCUCUCCGACGUCGACCGCUUCCUCUUCGACAACUUUCGGUCUCUCUAUAUCCAUGACCGUGACGAUGACAACGCGCGAUUUUUGUCAUCGCCCGGGACGCCAUCCACGUCCAUUGUCGACGAGACGCAGCUCACCGCAGGAACACCAUCCUUGUCGAACUCAGUCAAGGAAGACACUGGAGAAGCCCGGCCAGGUGAUGACACCAGCGAUGAUGCGGCCAUAGUCCUAUUCUCCAUGGACCCUUACACCGACUUCAGGAGGUCCAUGCAGAACAUGAUAAAGAUGCACCACGGUCAGGAAUCUCAGUCACUGGACUGGGACUUCUUGGAGGAGCUACUCUUCUACUACCUGCAGCUCAACGAUCAAAGUGUGCACAGGCACAUUCUCAAGGCCUUUGCUGACCUCACUGCAGGAACCCAAAGGGCUAUCCCAACCCGUGGAAAGCCGCACUGGGCUGACAAGAGCGUUAGGAGUAGGAAAUACUAG